AUGGAUAACAACAAUACAUCCGAUGAAUUUUAUAAUUUAACUAAAUUAGCAGAAGUCAGUUUGGCAGCAGCAACAGGACAAAUAUUUUGGAAUAAUUAUAGACACAGACUCGACGAAGGAUGUUACGAGAAAUUACCCGAACAAGAAUAUCCCGAAGAUCUAUCACAAGAUUCCAUAUCGAAAUCCAUAAUCGAACAUAAAUCUACGGAUAUACACACGUGUCCGGAAUGUGGUAAACGUUACAGUACGAGCAGUAAUUUGGCCAGACACAGGCAAACUCACAGAUCAUUAGCAGAUAAAAAAGCACGAGCUUGUCCUCAUUGUGACAAAAUUUACGUAUCCAUGCCGGCAUAUUCAAUGCACGUGAGAACACACAAUCAAGGAUGUAAAUGUUCGUAUUGUGGAAAAUGUUUUUCGAGACCUUGGCUACUACAGGGACACAUAAGAACUCAUACAGGAGAAAAACCGUUCAAGUGUACAGUUUGCAAUAAAGCAUUUGCUGACAAAUCAAAUCUUCGAGCACACAUACAAACUCAUUCGAAUAUGAAACCACACGUUUGUGGAAGAUGCGGAAAAGCAUUUGCAUUAAAAUCAUAUCUUUACAAACACGAAGAAUCAUCUUGUAUGAAAACUCAAUUGUCAACAACAACAACAACAACAACAAACGGUGAUAAAAAAAAUCAAUCGAAAGAAUCAUUAUAUGGAAACAAACCGAUAUUAUCAAUACCAACACCGGUUAUAAGUAUUGCAAUUAGAGUUUGA